UCCGCGAGACCUCCCAGAGAGAUAGACCUUGCGCUUUGCUCUCCCAUGGCGUCGCGUCCGAGGCUUUGAACCCUAGCGCACCAAUGGCGACGGCGACGGCGACGGCGGCUGCGGCCGCCCCGGCGGCGGUGCCCGCGCUGGUGUCCCCCUUGUCCCGCCGCGCCUUCUUCCCGCUCCCUCGUCGCGCCGGCCCCAAAUCGCUUCGGGUCUUCGCGUCGGCGGCGAGGCGACGUGGGUUGGUCGUGGUGGCGGCGGAUGCGGCAGCGGCGGCAGGUGGCGCGGAGUUCAGCGACGAGGAGAACCCCUACGAGAUUCUGGGUAUUACCCCGCUUGAUAGCUUCGACCACAUGAAGCUGGCCUACAAGAGGAAGCACAAGGAAGCGGACGAGAAUGGAGAUCAGUACUACCUGUCAAAGUUGGAGAAGGCAUACGACACUGUGAUGAUGCAGCAGCUGCAGUAUAGGAAGAAAGGAGUAACAUAUGGUUCUGUUCAGGUGUCGAAGGAUAUCAAGUAUGCUGAUGACCAGCCAAUUGUUCCUUGGGGACCUAGAUCCUCCAAAUCAACAGUAAAGGACAUGCGCAUCAAUUUAGGAAUAUCAGCAGCCAUUGUUGUUUGGAUAGCUAUCAUGGGCAAUGCGGACUGGAAGCCAUUGCAGUUCCUAUGUUUUGCUUUCUUCUACAGAAUACUUCAAAAGCUAAGGGCUACUGAACCACCAAUAACGCCAAUAUAUAAUGAGUAUGGUGAGGUUGAAGGACGUGGAAUACGAAUGGCAAAACGAGUAGUCCGUGCUUUGGGUUUGAUAUUUGGAUGUGUAUUUGCCGCGUCAUUGGGUUAUACAGCAGCUGUUAACGUGAUUGAGUUUUCAUGGCAGUAUACUCCACGCAUUGUUUAUUACUAUCAGGAGUUGAUUGUUACAGCAGCUACCGCUGCUCUGCUGUACAUCACAGCCUCAUACUACCGGUAAACAGACAGUGGAAUUACAGUCUGGCUAAGAGAACCAUGAGAUGUUAGGAUAUGAGCUGAGAUUCGGUGAGUGGCACACUUGUGGACUGGUGUUACCUCAGGCAUUAAUGGAGAGUCAAGAGUUCACAAAUUUUGAAGUAUAAUUGGGCCGGCUUUUGAGUUAGAUACUGUUGAAUAUGCGCUUGUAUUGCACAGUUGUGAACCUCCUCACUGGGCGUAAGGCGUCGGCUGAUGAAAAAAAAAUAGUGUGCAUAUUUUAACAGAAAUGUAAUGUAUGAGAUUAUAUCAGAUUCUGGUAUUUUCCUUCCCUUUUUUUUUCCUUUUGAGGGUGAGAGAUUCUGAUUCUUGUUAAAAACUUGACGAGUAGCCCAACAAAAUAACUUGACAAGUACUUUCAGGCUUCAGCGGUAUGCUAAGCGUUAAGUUUUGCGCUUAUCA